CUGGAGAGACCGGCCAGCUGCCUACUCUCUGGUUUGCUUUCACACCCCCCCGCUUUCUCUCUCUCUCUCCUGGUUUCCAGUGUGGUGGUAAUCCCCCUUCUGAAAAGGAGAUCCAAGCUGAAGUUUUGGGUUGGCAUGCUACAGAAAAGGACCUGUCACAUUGCUCCUCUCAGCUCUCACAGUGGUAGAGGAGGACUAAAGGAGAGCAGGAGACACUUAAGGGGCUGAUAAGUAACCAGCAGUCUUGCAACCAAACUGUUGGAGGAAAGCUUUUUCCCCAAUCCAGAAUUGCUCGUUUUGUGUCCUACAGAAGUACAAAAGUCUGCAUUCAGGUGUUUUCUGAGUUUUGGAGCUCACUGAUACUUUCGAUUCAUCUGUAGGCUGGCACCAUGAGUGCUGAAAUUGGGAAAGACUACUACGAAUAUUCUGAUUGGAAUGAAAAUGCAGUGCCAACCAAAGUUCCAGUCGAAGUUAUCCCACCAUGUGACCCCACAGCUGAUGAAGGCCUCUUUAAUAUAUGCAUUGCUGCCAUAUCUCUGGUGGUCAUGCUGGUACUUGCUGUCCUGGCCAGACGACAGAAGUUGGGCAACAAUCAGAGAGGACUUACAGGUUUACUCAGCCCAGUAAACUUUCUGGACCACACACAACACAAAGGCCUUGCAGUCGCAGUGUAUGGAGUUCUCUUCUGCAGGCUGGUCGGAAUUGCCCUCAGUCACCAACCGCUCCCAUUCACUAAAGAUGUUGUGAACAAAGAGUUAUGGCUGAUCUUAGCUCUGUUGUACUACCCCGCUUUGUACUACCCUCUCCUGGCUUGUGGUACACUACAUAACAAAGUUGGUUAUGUCCUGGGCAGCCUGCUCUCUUGGACGCACUUUGGAGUUCUGGUCUGGCAGAAGGCGGACUGUCCCAAAACACCACAAAUCUAUAAGUACUAUGCCCUGUUCAGCAGUCUACCUCAGAUUGCCUGCCUGGCCUUUCUCAGUUUCCAGUACCCACUACUUUUGUUCAAAGGCCUACAGAAUACAGAGGAAACCAAUGCCAAUGAGGACCUCAGUAGCAGUUAUUACAGAGUUUAUGUGAAGAAGAUCCUCAAGAAGAAAAAGCCCACCAAAGUCAGUUCGAGCACAUCAAAGCCCAAACUAAUUGAAAGACUCACUGAUGCUGCCAAGUCUUACAUCUACACACCAGAAGAAGUUUUCAGGUUCCCUUUGAAACUGGCAAUCUCUGUUGUUGUGGCGUUCAUUGCUAUUUAUCAGAUGACACUCUUACUGAUCUCAGGAGUGCUGCCCACUCUGCACAUCGUCCGUAGAGGAGUGGAUGAAAACAUCGCCUUCCUGUUGACUAGUGUCAAUAUAAUUUUGUCAGACGACCGUCAAGAAGUGGUCAGGAUUGUAGUGUACUAUUUGUGGUGUGUGGAGGUGUGCUAUGUCUGUGCUGUGACCCUGUCCUGCCUUGUGAACCUGCUCAUGCUCCUGAGGUCCAUGGUCCUGCACAGGUUUAAUCUGAAAGGACUGUACAGAGGAGACAUAUUUAAUGUGUAUAACUGCCAGAGGAGCAUGAGGCCAUCUCGACCUGCCCUUGUCUGCUGGAUGGGCUUCACCAGUUACCAAGCUGCUGGUAUCUGUCUUGGCAUGGCAAUUCAGACUCUGGUGUUCUUCAUCUGCAUCCUGUUUGCUGUCUUCCUGAUCAUCAUUCCCAUUCUGUAUGGAACUAACCUCAUGCUGUUCCACAUUAUCGGCAGAAUGUGGCCCUUCUGGUUGACGCUGUUCCUGGCUGUGCUGAUCCAACACAUGACCUCCAGGUUUUUGUUCAUCAAGAAGGACGCAGGAACACGAGAUCUGAACAACAGAGGGAGUCUGUUCCUGCUCACCUAUAUGCUCUUCCUGGUAAAUGUCAUGGUUGGGGUGCUACUGGGCAUUUGGAGGAUGGUCAUCACUGCACUUUUCAACAUAGUCCAUUUAGGACGCUUGGAUAUCAGUCUCUUAAACCGCAGUGUUGAGGCAUUUGACCCAGGUUACCGCUGCUAUGCUCAUUACCUCAAGAUUGAAGUCAGCCAGUCUCAUCCUGUGAUGAAGGCCUUCUGCGGACUGCUAUUGCAAACCAAAGGCCAGGACAAUGUCUCUGCACAGAGGAUGCGAGAUGCUGAAGAAGGAAUCCAACUGGUCCAGCAAGAGAAGAAACAGAACAAGGUGUCCAACGCCAAGCGAGCACGAGUGCACUGGCAGCUCUUUUUCACGCUGGUCAACAACCCGUCCUUGGUGGGCUAUAGGAAGCACUUCCAGCGGCAGAGUUCUGAAAGCUUCAUCAAUGGAGCCCUCAACAGGACCUCCAUGGAGGGCAGCAAAAAGGAUGGAAGCGUCAAGGAGAAUAACAAAGAGACAGAAAGCGCUGCAACCAAUUGAGGAUUGAAAAUCAUGGAGAGGAUCGCCCCUCCCUGCCCCCUCCAGCCUCUUGAAUACAUAAAGGCUGCUGGCCAGAUAUCGAUGAUAGUAUUAUGUGCUUGGUGUAGCAGAGAAACACAUGUGUUUUAGUGAAGUGCAUUUACAUCUCAGUGCCAGUGAACAGAUCCUUUGCACGUAUCGGUAUUUGAUGUUUGGAUGGAUGGGUGGGUGGAUGUAUUGUCUUUUGCUGUAUGUGUGAGUGACUGUGUCUUUCAGUCCAGGUUAAAUUUAGUACAUCAGGAAAUUUAGUUUGGCACUGAACUCCCUUCAAACCACUUGAUGCGAGGUUAGUAUAUGGGACUAUUUAUGAAUGUACAGGUUGUGCUCUUUUACAAAUGUAAGAACGAUUAAUUUCUUGAAUUAUUCUUUGCCAGUGGUGAGAAUGUUCUUAUCAUAGAAAACUAACAGAUGAAACCAAUAAUGUCCAUUAUGGUUGAUAUGUGUCUGUUCUCAUGAAUAUAAUCUACUGUAGUUCUGUCCUAAUUUUUCUCUGACAAAGAAUAUAAACGCAAUCUGUCUCACUGUUACAUUUGCCAUUCAUUUUUUUGUGUUUUCCUCACAAAAGUCUUGUUCUGCUACCUAUGCCUUGUUUGUGAUUUUAAGUUAAA